ACCAAUACAGUAAGGAACUACCACUAGUGUGAAUACUUAGCAGGUCUUGUUGCGAGUUGACCCCGAGUUAGUUUCACUUCUUAACAACCUAUUCAGUAUUCUCUCUCUGGAUGUCUCUUUUUCAAUCUGUCACAAUCACCAUCACAAACUCUUAUUGUUGUUGAACGAAGCAGAGCGAGAGAGAGAGAGUCAUGGUUGGACCUUCAAGGCCUCAAUUUGUUCUCUUUGGAUCCUCCAUUGUUCAGCUUAGUUACAGCCAUGGCGGUUGGGGUACCAUUCUCUCCGAUAUCUACUCUCGCAAGGCAGACAUAGUGCUUAGGGGAUACUAUGGAUGGAACUCACGACGUGCCCUUCAAGUCCUCCAUAAAGUUUUCCCAAAGGAUGCUGCUGCACAACCUACUCUUGUAAUAGUUUAUUUUGGAGGUAAUGAUUCCAUGGGUCCUCACUCAUCUGGCCUUGGCCCUCAUGUGCCUCUUCCUGAAUAUAUUGAGAACAUGAGGAAGAUUCUGGUUCAUCUUCAGAGCCUCUCUGAAACGAUGCGUAUCCUUGUUCUUAGCUGUCCGCCUGUCAAUGAAGAAAAAGUAAAAGGAAAUACUAGUGGAAUAUUUAGCGAGCUGGUAAGAACAAAUGAAUUGUGCCAAAGCUAUUCAGAAGCAUGCAUAAAGCUAUGCAAGGAACUGGAUGUGAAAGUCAUUGAUCUUUUCAAUGCACUACAGAAGAGAGACGAUUGGAUGAAUGCUUGUUUUACUGAUGGUAUACAUUUGGCAUCUGAGGGAAGCAAAAUUGUGGUGAAGGAGAUACUGAAAGUGCUUAAGGAGGCUGAGUGGGAGCCAUGCCUUCAUUGGAAGUCCAUGCCAACUGAAUUUGCAGAAGAUUCACCAUAUGAUCUUGUUGCAGCUGAUGGCAAAACUACACUGAAUCCUUCUGAGUGGACUUUCUAUAGGGAAGUUCAGUGGGACUAGGUUUUUAGGGUUUAUCAUUUUAUCAAACUUAAUUAAUCAUGGUCUCUGGCCUUUAUUAUUUUCAUUAGGCACAUGACAGAGCCCACAGGAAAUGGUAGUUUCCUUAUUUCUGUUUUUUCUUAUUUAGAACAUUGCCUCGAGUAGUAAGAGUAUUUUUGUUAUAUUUUAUAAUAUGGUCUUUGUGAGUUAACAAAUUUGUAAUUUCAUGACACAAAUGAAAAUGAUGAUCGGUGUAGAGUCUAUGUCCCUUCAGAUGAUGUGAAGAUAUUACUCACUGUUUAAUGUAUAGCAAUAUAAUAAGGGCAAUGCUACGAUGAAGAUGCCUAUUUUUUU